CCGGUCCCUGGCGCUUCGGAAGCCGCGGCUUGCCGUCACACAGCCUCAGACGUGGCCCAGCCUUGGCGAUCUUCAGCCUCAGUCUCUCUCUCGCUCUCACAGGUGCAGACAUGGCCAAGUCCAAGAACCACACCACGCACAACCAGUCCCGGAAAUGGCACAGAAAUGGCAUCAAGAAGCCCCGAUCCCAAAGAUACGAGUCUCUUAAGGGGGUUGACCCCAAGUUCCUGAGGAACAUGCGUUUUGCCAAGAAGCACAACAAGAAGGGCCUGAAGAAGAUGCAGGCCAACAACGCGAAGGCAAUGAGCGCGCGCGCCGAGGCCAUCAAGGCCCUCGUCAAGCCCAAGCAGUCCAAGCCCAAGCUCCCCAAGGGCCCCGGCCGCAAGCUCAGCCGACUCGCCUUCAUUGCCCACCCCAAGCUUGGCAAGCGUGUUCGUACCUACAUCGCCAAGAGUCGCAGGCUCUGCCAAACAAAACCCAAGGCCCAGGCUGCAGCUCCAGCUAAGGCCCCGGCCCAGGCUGCACCUUCCGCUCCAGCUCAGGCUCCCAAGGGUGCCAAGGCCCCACAGUAAAGCUCUCCGUCCACCAAUGUAAAGACAGAUGGACUGGCAUGUCCCCUGGGCUGUUUGCAGAUGGCAGGUGUCCUGGGCCAUUUCUACAAAUAAACUUACGGCAGGAUCUGUUAA